AUGGCGCCCUCGGACCCGACCUCCAAGAAGCGGCUCGCGCUCGCAAUAAUCGACUUCCUGAACACCUCCCUCAAAGACGGCACCCUCAGCGCCGACGACGCCGAGUCCAUCGAAGUAGCCACCUCCUGCAUCGCCGAUAGCUUCAAAGUCGACCCCUCAGACACCAAAGCCGUGUCCGACGCGCUCGGCGGCCAGAACCUGCUGGCCAUCUACUCCGUCUACGAGAAGCUGAAGGGCAAGAGCACAGCCAGCACUCUAGGCUCCAGCUCUGCGAGCGAAGGGCGGCCCGCCACGCCCGCGGCGCCGGCACCAGGCUCGCGCUCUGAUUCCUCCUCAGCAGCGGGUUCAAGCGCCCAAGACGCGACCGCCAAGGCCGAAGCCGAGAAACUCAAGGGCCAGGGCAAUGCGGCUAUGCAGCGCAAAGACUACACCGCGGCCAUCGACUUCUACACGCGCGCGCUCGACCUCGUCCCGCUGAACCCCAUCUACCUCUCCAACCGCGCAGCGGCCUACAGCGGGGCCCAGCAGCACGAGAAGGCGAAGGAGGACGCCGAGAUGGCGGUUGCGGCGGACCCGAAGUACACGAAAGCGUGGAGUCGGCUUGGGCUCGCGCGCUUCGCGUUGGGAGACGCGAAGGGCAGCAUGGAGGCGUACAAGCAGGGGAUAGAGGCUGAGGGGAGCGGGGGCAGCGAGGCGAUGAAGAAGGGAUAUGAGACGGCGAAGAGGAGGUGGGAGGAGGAGGGUGGGGAUGUUGGUGCUCCGGAGGACACGGCGAGAGGUGCGGGCGCUGGUGCCGGUGCCGGUAUGGGCGGCGGCAUGCCGGAUCUGGCGAGUCUGGCGGGCAUGUUUGGCGGUGGAGGUGGCGGGGGCGGCAUGCCGGAUAUUGGCCAAAUGAUGAACAAUCCGAUGAUGAGGCAGAUGGCGCAGAGUAUGAUGAGCAACCCGGAGAUGAUGAGCAAUAUGCUCAAUAAUCCGAGACUGCGGGAGAUGGCGGAUAGGUUCGGUGGGGGAGGCGCUGGUAGGGGCGGUGGAGGGGGUGGAGGGAUGCCGGAUAUCGCGAGCUUGAUGCAGGACCCGAGUAUCGCAGAGCUGUAA